GAAAAAUCCCUGUAUGGGAAUGAUACUUUCAAUUUUGUCAUUCAUAUCUCACUAAACGUGCCGUGGCUUACGAAAUUUAAACAGCCAGAUUGAAAAACUCUUGUAGAACUUUUACAAUGUUCAGACGCUUCAAUCUUCUUCUGCUGCUGUUUUGUCUGGUUUAUCACAGCGGAAACACAUCUAAACCUGUGUCAGGAAAAAAGAGAGGAAACAUCACACUCAGAUGUGAACAUGAGGACAGUAAUAUUGUUGACAUUGAGUUAUUCCAUUGGUCAAGAGACAUAUCUGUGUUUGAGAUUGAAGAAUAUAGAGGACGAGUGUUUAAAGAAGGAAACUGUGACGUCGUCAUCAAGAAUCUGAUCUUCAGUGACGCUGGGAAAUACACUUUGAGAAUCAUUUACACUAAUGAUCAGACAGAGCUGGAGCGACCAAAGCAGUGGACGUACCAUCUUCAUAUUCAUGAUGAGAUUUCUGUGAAAACAGGCGAGGAGCUAAAGAUGUCUGUUCUGGUGUCUGAUGCUGAUAAAGUGAAGACAAACUCUAGUGGAGAGUGGAAGGAGGUUUGGACGAGAGGUCACGGGGUUCAGAGCGACCGAAUGAAUAAUACUGAUGGAAACCUGAUCAUUAAAUCAUUUCUGGACAGUGAUGCAGGAACAUACAGAGUUCUGGACACUGAAGGAGAAAUCUUGAUCACAGUCACAAUCACAGGUGAGAGAAACUCAGAUAUGAGGAAAUAUUAUUUAUAA